UAAGCGAGAGCGUCUUAUGAAAAUGGGUUUCACAGUCUAAAAGUGCAUCCAUCACUGUCGCGCUCACAUUUGAAAUCAAACCACCGAAACCCAUAUCCCCGUCUGUCUCCCUCUCUCUGCCAUGUUGUUUGCAGACUUGCAAGACCCCGACCUUGAUUUUGAGGACCUGAUCGAGGAAGAAUCAGCUUCACGGCUUCAGUCCACCACCAAUCCUUUGCUUACCCUCCAAACUUCUCAUCAAUGCUCCAAAGGCCACAGAUCCACACUCUCUCUUCCCACCCAACAAGGCGGCUUUAUCUGCCUCCUCUGCCUUUCCAAUCUCAUCACCACUGCACGCGCGCCUACCUUCCAUGUCUCCUAUGCCCUUUCCCAGCUUUCUCUCUCGCUCUCCCACCCUCCCUUCCUUCACGCUCUUCUCUCUUUUCAUCCUCACUUCCUCCUCUCUCCUCUCGUCUCUGCUCUCUCCUUGUUUGAUGACGACUCCAUCGCUCGCCAGCUCAUUGAUCUUAUCACUGAUCUCUGCGGGUCCUGUGAUGGCUCCCUAUGUGAUGAGUUUCUUAUGAGAGUAGCCGAUCACAUCUCCUCCGGCACCUUGGUGUGGAGUCGGCGGCAGGUGUAUGUGCUCCACUGUUUUGGUGUUCUCUUGAACUGUUAUACGAAUAAUCCUUAUGCUCACAUUAAAGACAAAGAUGCCCUUUUAUCCAAUCUUGUCACAGGUCUUCAGUUGCCAAGUGAAGAAAUACGGGGAGAGAUCUUGUUUGUUCUAUACAAACUAUCCCUUUGCCAAUCUGCAUAUAAGGAUAUUGAUGGAGUUGACUCUCUUCUUGCCUUCUGUCCUAAGCUAUUGCAUCUGUCACUGGAGGCCCUUGUGAAGACCCAGGAUGAUACUGUCCGAUUGAAUUGUGUAGCAUUUUUGACAAUCCUCGCUCAGAAGGGCUAUUUCGAGAAUGCAUAUGCAAAUGACAUACGUAGCAUGAGUUCUGAUGAAGCUGAUAACUUCAUGCAAACGACAGAACGUGGAGUAGAUGAUCCUCCUCUUAAUCUCUUAUUUGCUGAGGCCAUUAAAGGCCCACUUCUUUCAUCAGAUAGGCAAAUCCAAGUCAGCACACUAGAUCUAAUCUUUCACUAUUUGUCAAGGGAAGGGGCUCCAGGCAAACAGAUUCAACUUUUGGUUGAAGAAAACAUUGUGGACUACGUGUUUGAAAUACUAAGAUUGUCAGAAGGUAAGGACCCAGUUGUCAACUCUUGCAUUCUGGUUCUUGAUCUUUUAUCAAUAGCUGAAAAAGGCUUCACAGAAAGACUACUUGUUGGAUUCCCAAUUCUUAUUCCAAUUCUGCGAUUCGUAUCUGAAGUUCCUUUUCAUCCUGUUCAAAUUCAAACAAUGAAACUUAUAUGGAAUGGCAUUUCUGAUUUUCCUGGAAUCAUAUCAACUUCCCAUAUUGAUGAACUAGUUCAUGUUUUGGCAAGGAUGUUGAAGAGGCAUACUGAUGGGGAGAUGGGCAUGUCUUCAGACACAUUUGUAAUGGUCUGCUCAAUUUUUGUAGCUCUUUUACAAUCUCCAUCUUUCUGUAGAACUUUGGAUCUGAUAACAUCAGUUGAAGAAGCAAUAAGUCAUGCCAUUUUAACUUCUCUAAAUAUCUCCAAAAAAGAUCCCAAUCAACUUUUGUACUCUUUGUACUUGCUUAAAGAGGCAUAUCGACAUGGUCAUGAAGAAAUGUCCACUAACAACUCUAGUAUCACAGGUUUACUAAAUUGUAUUGUGGAUAUAUGCACAUCACAUAUCUUGCCUUGGUUUGUGAUGGCCAUUGACGAAGUGGAUGAGGAAAUUAUCCUGGGUAUAUUGGAAACUUUUCAUUUUAUACUGCUUCAGGAUUCUGACAUCCAAGCCAUAAAAUUUGCAAACAGAUUGGUUAAAUCGUCUUGGUUCAGUUUGGCAUUUGGAUAUCUAGGGGCAUUCGCUACGGAAAAAAUGAAAUUAAGAGUAUAUAUGAUGCUCAGUUCAAUUGUGGAUGUUCUUCUGGGAAAUGAUACUGGAGAACCCAUUAGAGAUGCUGCUCCAAAUCUUCCAACUGACCCUAUUGAUCUGUUAUUUCUGCUUGGACAGAAGUCCUCCCAAAAUCCAUCAUUAUCAACUUGUCAAUCUGCAGUUUUGUUGAUUUUACAUGCAAGUUCUUUAUAUGAUGACAGGCUUGCAGAUGAGAAGUCCAUAUUGGCUUCUCUUGAACAAUAUAUUCUUGUCAACAGUAAUGAUGCCACCAAUACAGUAACAAUGAUGCAACUGGUAAACCUUUAUGGUCUGUAUCGCAGUGUCACCAAAAUGAACCACCGAAUCCCCUACAGUCUAGAAGCUGAGAGGAUCCUGUUUCAUCUAGUGACUGAAAAUGAAUGGGAUUUGCCUUCUUCAAGAAUUCACUUUGUAUCACUGAAAUGGCUGUUUCAACAAGAGAAACUCUGCUACACAUUGUCUUACCAAAUACUAAAAUUUUGCAGAAGCAAUGGCUCAAAUGGGACCCAGAUUGUUGUUCAUGGGGAAAGUGGUCACAUUAUAAAUAUGGAAGUAAUUGCAGAGUUGGCAACAUCUGAAGAUAACUACGCAGCAAGACUUUUGGUAUGCUUACUGAUGCAGCUGGCAGAGGAAGAAAACCAGGAGGGUGACUUUGUGUCAAUAGUAAAUCUCUUAGCAACAAUCAUCAGCAUCUCUCCAGCUGCAUCAGACCAAUUAUGUUUGAACGGCAUAGGCAAUGCAAUCCGAAAUAUCUAUUACAAUCCUAAUCAUUUUUCUUCUCCAGAAACAUUCAUGGCAACCUCCCUUUUAGUGUUCAAUGUUCUACAUUCAGUGCCCGCCAAAGCAUUGAGUGACGAUGAAGCUUGGCUUGCAGUGACAAUGAAGUUGAUGGACUAUGUCAUCUACACAAAGGCUGCAAAAAGCUGGUCUACUGAAUCUUUACGAUUAAUUGCCAUUUUUUCCUUGAUUUUGCACCAAUCCACCAGCAAAGUCUUGUUAGGAGCUGCAAAAGCCAUAAUUUUCAAUGCUUCUCUGGCGUCUGUGAUAAACAACGUGAUUCAUGAGGCCUGUUCAAAGGGACCUGCUUUGUUUGAUUGCAAUGAGGGAACAAGCAUUGCUGAAACUCUGAUUUUCGUGCUUUUACUGAACUUUUUCUCUUUAAGAUGUUUGCAUGUCGUUCUCGAUGGGGCUGUGGAUUGGCAAAAUUUACUUGAUCUAUCAAACGGGAUGCAGCCGCUUUCAAUGGUUAGCAUCUACUGCCAUGACUUGUGUAGGCUGUUGCAUUUUGGGUCUCCUCCGGUCAAGCUUGUUGCAUCGUAUUGCUUGUUAGAGUUCAUUAAAAGACUAUCAGAGCAGAGAAACAGAAAAAAAGAGGAACUAAAAUGCUCCAUGGGUUACCUAAUGUCCAUGGUGACUAUAUUAGAAGGCCUGAUAUUUUACAGUGACAUCAGGGUAUCUAUAAACUGCAGCCAAUGCCUAUCAAUGAUUUUGGGAUGGGAAAAGCUGGACAUGAAGGAGACAAUAGUCACUGCAGAUAAUACCUGGUGCAGGCUGAUUGUAGAAGAGAUGGCAAUGUCUUUGGCGGUUCCAUGUUUACCUUCCAAAUCUUUCACUAAUUAUCACAAGCCUGCUGUUCAUGCAGCAGUUGCAUUGCUAAAGCUACAAAAAUCUCCUCAGUGGAUGAGCACUGUGUUUGACGAUCCCUGCAUUUCUGGUAUAAUUAAAAACCUUAUGGCCAGUAAUAUUAGCACUGAGAUGGUGCUUUUAUUUCAACAGCUGGUAAGCUCGGAGUUCUUAAAGGCUGAUCAAAUUGCUUCUCUAAAUAGGUUACUUCAGGAAUGCAGGAAACAUAUCUACACUGAAGAUGCUCAAAAUGACCGCACAGAUGAUCAAAUAGAGAUGAGGGUAACAGUUACAUAUGAUUUGGGGGAAGUUUGUGCAUGUCUCAUUCAUUUGAUGUCAUCCGAGGCACCUCUAGAAGCAGAUUCUGUGGGUUUACAAACUGAGAAAAAGAGAUUGCUAGAAGAAAUAGAAAUGUUCUUCAGGACUUUGACAGUACAGGAUGACAACCAAGGAAAUUCAUCCAUGAAUAGUGGUUGAAGUAAAUUUCUAGUUUUCUAACCUGAGUUAACAAUAUCAACAAGUGUCCCCUCAAAAAAAAAAAAAAAAAAAUCUACAAGUGAAGUACACAGAGGCCUUAUGAUACUUGUACCAUGCUCUAGACAAAACAAAGGAAAACAUUCAGUAUACUCGCUUAAACAGGUUCCUUCGUUUUGUCCUGCAAAUUGCUAGCAGUUCUGAAAACAUGAAUGUAACACAAUUGUGCAGUUUUUGCAUGUGAACAAUUCCAUGCUUCAAACGCUUGAAAAAUUAAAAUCGAGAUUUGGAGAUUUUUUUUAGAAAA